UUAAUAUAAACUUUUCUUAUUUUCCUGGAAAACAUAUUUUUUGAAAAAGUUUCAAAAACAAGAAUAAACUACAGAUUUUUUUCUUAAAACUGUGUUUAACUUGCUUUGAUAAAGGGAAGAUUUACAGCAUAAAUAUAUACAGCAUAUAUUUCACUGAUAUUAUGUUUAACUUCAUUUAUUUACAAUUAGACUUAUGUACACUUUUAUUUGAAGUUUUAUUAAUGUAGCAUCUGCCUCACAACAGAAAGUUACCUUACUAAGUUUAAGAUCAUUCAAGUUAAUGAGUAAGAAAAAGUAUUGCAAUUAGAAUUGUUCAGGGAAAGGUUUUAUUAUAGUGAUGUACUCAUGUUUCAGCACAGUUGGUUUUAAACUAAUGGUAAACCCAAUUAUUGUAGUAUGAGUUUUUUGCAGAGUAGUCUGGUUGAACAUAGCCAGGUUCAUACUAGUGAAAAACCUUAUUCUUGUAAUAUAUGUAAUAAGAGUUUCUCCCUAAGAAGUAAUUUGACUGAACACAAUCGUGUUCAUACUGGUGAAAAACUUUUUUCUUGUAGUAUUUGUAAUAAAAUAUUUUUAAAUAAAAGUCGUCUGACAGAACACAGUCGUGUACAUACUGGUGAGAAACCGUAUUCUUGCGGUAUAUGUAAUAAGAGUUUCUCCCAAAGAAGCAAUUUGACUGCACACAGUCGUGUUCAUACUGGUGAAAAACCUUUUUCUUGUAGUAUAUGUAAUAAAAGCUUUUUAAAUAGAAGUCAUCUGGCAGAGCAUAGUCGUGUACAUACUGGUGAGAAACCGUAUACUUGUAGUACAUGUAAUAAGAGUUUUACCCAAAAAAGUAAUUUGAUUAAACAUAGUCAAGUUCAUAUUGUUGAGAAAGCUUAUUCGUGUAGUAUAUGUAAUAAGAGUUUUUCACAAAAAAGUCGUCUGACUGAACACAUUCAUUUGCAUACUGGUGAGAAACCGUAUUCUUGUAGUGUAUGUAAUAAGAGUUUCUCCCAAAGAAAUCAUUUGACUGAACACAGUCAUGUUCAUACUGGUGAAAAACCUUUCUAUUGUUUUAUAUGUAAUAAAAACUUUUUAAAUUCAAGUCGUCUGACGGAACACAGUCGUGUGCAUACUGGUGAGAAACCGUAUACUUGUAGUAUAUGUAAUAAAAGUUUCUCCCAAAAAAGUAAUUUGAAUAAACAUAGCAAUGUACAUACUGGUGAGAAACCGUAUUCUUGUAGUAUAUGUAAUAAGGGUUUCACCCAAAAAACUAAUUUGACUAAACAUAGUCGUGUUCAUACUGCUAAGAAAACUAAUUCUUGUAAUCUGACUCAGCACAAACUUAUUCCUACUGGCGAGAAACCUUACUCUUGCAGUGUAUGUAAUAAGAGUUUUUCAAUAAUACAUCAUCUGGUUGAACACAGCCUUGUUCAUACGGGAGAAAAACCAUUUUCAUGUAGUAUAUGUAAUAAGACUUUUAGACAGAGAUCUACUAUGUCUAAACACAGUUUUGUUCAUACGAGUGAGAAACCUUUUUCUUGUAGUAUAUGUAAUAAGAGUUUUUCCCACAAGUCUGCUCUGAAUCAACAUUAUCUGGUUCAUACUGGUGAAAAACCUUAUUUUUGCAGUGUAUGUAACAAGAGUUUUUCACGACGAAAUCAUCUGAAUGAACAUAUUCAUGUUCAUAGUAGUGAAAAACCCUAUUCUUGUAGUUUAUGUAAUAAGAAUUUUUCCCGGAGGUCUGCUCUGACUAAACACAAUCAGGUUCAUACUGGUGAGAAACCUUAUUCUUGUAGUAUUUGUAAUAAAAGUUUUUCACGAAGAUAUUGUCUGACUAAGCAUAGUCUGAUUCAUGACGGUGAAAAACCUUAAUCUUGUAGUAUUUGUAAUAAGAGUUUUUCACAUAGUUGCAGUUCAAACGCAAUCGUGUACACACAGAUAAAUAAUCUUUUUCAUAUGUCAUACGUAAUGAGAUACAAAUCUAUCUGACCACAUGUAUGUUCAUACUAUUGAGAAUUACGUAUGAAUUUUGUAGUAUAUGUUAAAAAAUACUUCUUCAUAAAAAUCAUCAGUUUUCAUACUGGUGAGAAAAUGUUUUCUUGUAGUUAAAGUUGUAUAAGUUUUUUUCUGACGAAGAUUUUAAGUGUGUGCUUAUAGUUGUGUCCAGAGUGCUGAUUACCCUUUAUUUUCAGAAUAGUGAUGUUCAUUAUUUUCACUGCAGUUAGAAAUAUUGCCUCACUUUCCAAUUUUUAUGUUAGAACAAGUUAUAUCAGAAAUUAUUUUAACUGACUACAAAAGUGUCAUGUAUAACAGCAUUUAAUGCCAAAUAAAAAAAAAAAAUUUUUUUUUUGACAUAGCUGAUGAUCACUUUCAAUAUGAUACGGCUUAGAAAUGCAAAAAUAGGGAUCUUGCUGAAUAUUCAUUUUGAUUGAUUGUGAUGCUUUUUUGCAACCACUUUUUUGUUUCAAUUGAACCAUACUAUGCAAUUUAUUGUCUAAUUACUUUGCUUUUAAAAUAUGUCAUUUUUGAUUAAAAUUAAUUUUGUGCAAAA